UCGGAGAGUCAGACCGUAUUUCUCCUCCGCGGUCACACUACUCAAAUUUUUUCACGUGUGCCAAGCGAGCCAAUUUUUGCCCAAACAAACAAUUUUUGACAAAACACAGAGGCCAAGCCAGCUAAUUUUCAGUUUCAGACCGGUCAGAGCAAGAUGGUGCCCAUUGGACCCGUUCAUCCCAACCAUCCCGGCGUUGUGCAUCCCCCACAACAGCCGAUGCCGACAGCGCCCACCGGGCCCAAUUCUCUUCAGCCCAAUGCCAAUGUCUCGGGAUCCUCGAACUCCACCUCGAACAAGAGCUCUAUGUCGGUGAAGCCGAACUAUACGUUGAAGUUUACUCUUGCCGGCCACACCAAGGCGGUAUCUGCGGUCAAGUUCAGCCCAAACGGCGAAUGGCUGGCCAGCUCAUCUGCUGAUAAACUGAUUAAAAUCUGGGGAGCGUACGAUGGAAAAUUUGAGAAGACUAUCUCCGGGCAUAAGCUGGGCAUUAGCGAUGUCGCCUGGAGCUCGGACUCGCGUCUACUGGUCAGCGGCAGCGACGAUAAGACCCUCAAGAUUUGGGAGCUGAGCACUGGCAAGAGCCUCAAGACGCUCAAGGGGCACAGCAACUAUGUGUUCUGCUGCAACUUUAAUCCGCAGUCGAACCUGAUUGUCUCUGGCAGCUUUGAUGAGAGCGUACGCAUUUGGGAUGUCCGUACUGGCAAGUGCCUGAAGACACUGCCCGCCCACUCUGAUCCCGUGUCGGCGGUGCACUUCAAUCGCGAUGGGUCACUGAUUGUCAGCUCUAGCUACGACGGACUGUGCCGCAUCUGGGACACGGCCAGCGGACAGUGUCUGAAGACGCUAAUCGACGACGACAAUCCGCCCGUCAGCUUUGUCAAAUUCUCGCCGAACGGCAAGUACAUCCUGGCGGCCACUCUGGACAACACUCUCAAGCUGUGGGAUUACUCCAAGGGCAAGUGUCUCAAGACCUACACGGGUCACAAGAACGAGAAGUACUGCAUAUUUGCGAAUUUCUCUGUCACCGGCGGCAAGUGGAUAGUCAGUGGUAGCGAGGACAAUAUGGUCUAUAUAUGGAAUCUGCAAAGCAAGGAGGUGGUGCAAAAGCUGCAGGGGCACACCGAUACUGUACUCUGCACUGCCUGCCAUCCCACCGAGAAUAUCAUCGCCUCCGCUGCGCUCGAGAACGACAAGACCAUAAAACUGUGGAAAUCAGACACAUAGAGGACGUGCCGGCUAUCGCUGGUAUCCAGCAAAUGCAGUGGCCCCCCCCACACCGACCCCACACAUAAAUUCGUAAUCUUAAUGUUCACAAUACUUUUUUUUUGUAAGCGUAAAAUCUUAAUCGUCUACUCCCAAAAUCACAAUUUUUCAAAGUUUCGAGGUAGUUUCGAGGAUUUAUGUUGCGAAGUAUGGUGAUGUAUGGUAAGAAGGAAAAGUUCAGGAUAGUUAUUCAUUCUUAAGCUAAAAAUUGUAUGUAUAGAUAUUUAUUAGCCUAUUUUAUUGGCUACAACAGUAAGACAACUGGGGGUUUCGCCUCAAACACGAUUGUAACAUUUGCCGCAUUAGCCCCAACAAAAAGCAACACACAAAUUGAUGAUCUUUCGGUGUAGAAAGAUAGCUAAAUUUAAGCACAAC